CCAGUCUCCUUCCGUGUCCUAAACCCACAACAAAAUGGCGGAUGAUUUGCCGUACAAGGCUGAAUACGCGAAGUCAAACCGUUCAUCAUGCAAAGCAUGCAAGGGCAACAUCUCAAAAGAGAGUCUGAGGCUGGCAAAGAUGGUCCAGUCUCCACACUUUGACGGCAAGAUACCCAAUUGGUUCCACUACAGUUGUUUCUUCAGAAAGAUCAAAGUAAAUGCUUCCAGUGACAUAAGUGGUUUUGACUCCUUAAGAUGGGGUGACCAGGAGAAGAUCAGAGGCAAUUUGAAUGGGGGAGGAGAGGGUGGGCAUAAGGGAACUCAACCAGCUGGUGGUGUUGCAGAUGACCUUUUGGUAGAGUAUGCUAAAUCCAGCCGCAGUAAAUGCAAAAACUGCAAGGAACAGAUUGAUAAGGGAGAAGUUCGUCUAGCCAAAGUGAAGGAGCCCGAUGUUGAAUCAAGUGCUCCAGCCGGUGUUGCUAUUCCUUGGUGGCAUCAUAUUGACUGCUUUAUAGAAAACCGUGAAUCUUUGGAGGUCAAUUCCUCUAUAACAGCUGAGUCAUUCACUGGAUUCACUAACUUGAAUAAAGAAGACAAAGACUUGUUAAAGAGCAAACUGGGAACAGUGAAAGGAAAGAAGGCUGGAAAAGGGAGCAAGAGAAAAGCACAACAAGCAGUUGAUGAAACAGAUGCUAAACGAACAAAGACGGCAGAGGAAGAUGAAUUUGAGAAAAAGUUGAAGGCACAAAGCAAAUUGCUUUGGAAAAUAAGAGAUGAUUUGCAGAAGAACUGCUCCUUACCAGAGCUUAGGGAAAUGUUGGAAGACAAUGGACUCGGUUCUCAAGGAGGGGAAAGCUCUCUUCUUGACAGAUGUGCAGAUGGAAUGGCAUUUGGAAGACUACUUCCAUGUGAGGAGUGCAAAGGAGGUGAACUUGUGUACAGGACUGAAGGAUAUUGUUGUACAGGCAAUUUAACUGGUUGGACCAAUUGCACCUUUGUAACAAAACAACCCAAGGGAGAAAAGUGGAAAAUUUCAAACGAAUUGAAGGAAGAAUCAGACUUUUUGAAGAACUUCAAGUUCAAGAAGAGAGAUAGGGUAUUUCCAAAAGUGCAAACUGCUCCUGCUGUUAUACCAUCUAAAGCUGCUAUCAAAUCAGAGUUGUCUUCUUCAGUGGCUUCACCCUCAGCAGCAGCAUCUGAUAAGCCACUUUCCAACAUGAAAUUUGUUUUAAUAGGCAGACUUCAACAAAGCAAGGAGAAAAUCACCGAGGCAAUAGGGGAGCUUGGAGGAUCAGUAUUGGAGAAGGUUAAUGCCCUUGUGGAUUGCUGUAUUAGCACUCAAGGGUAACAGUAUGGUGGAUGGUUCUCUUCCUCCAUCAGAAGCCAAAUCAAAGUUAAAGAAAAGUGCUUCAGAAGGUGGUGGAGCUGCCAAAAAGAUGAAGGUUGCCGUCAAAGGUGGAGCAGCAGUAGACCCAGAGUCAGAAAUGGAGGAUACGUGCCAUGUGCUUGAAGAGAAAGGAAAUGUUUACAGUGCAACCCUCGGCCUAGUGGACAUUGUCAGAGGAACAAACUCUUACUACAAAUUGCAAAUUCUACAAGCUGAUAACGGCAAAGCUUGCCAUCUUUUUCGGUCAUGGGGAAGAGUUGGAACAACUAUCGGAGGAAAUAAAUUAGAGCCUUGCGGAUCGCCAAGAUCAGCCAUUGACAAAUUCAUGGAACUCUAUGCUGAAAAAACAGGAAACAGUUGGCUAAAUAGAAAGAAUUUCGUCAAACGCCCAAAAAAGUUUUACCCAUUGGAAAUUGAUUAUGGACAGGAUGACGAGGAGUUGAAGACGACCAUUGCCGCCGGAAGUAAAUCGUUGUUACCUAUGCCUGUCCAAGAGCUUAUGAAAAUGAUAUUCGAUAUUGAAUCUAUGAAGAAGACGCUGGUAGAGUUUGAAAUCGAUUUGAAGAAAAUGCCACUGGGAAAGCUAACAAGGAGACAGAUUGAAAGUGCGUAUUCUGUUCUGGGAGAGGCGCAGAAAUUAAUUUCAGAUGGAGGUAGCAGCAAUUCUCUCCUGGAUGCGUCAAAUAGAUUUUACACCCUGAUCCCGCACGACUUUGGUAUGAAGAAACCCCCUCUCUUGGACAACUUGGAACUAAUUCAGGCUAAAGUGGGAAUGUUAGACAACUUGCUCGAUAUUGAGGUAGCUUACAGUCUGUUAAAGAGUGGCGAUGGUGACUUGGCCAAGGAUCCUUUGGACGUCAAUUACGAAAAAUUACAAACUGACUUGGAGGUUCUAUCUAAAGAUAGCAAGGAGUUUUCUUUGAUUGACCAAUACGUCAAAAAUACUCAUGCUGAGACACACCAACAGUACGAGCUUGAAAUACUGGAAGUUUUCAAGGUGAAUCGUCAUGGCGAGAAGGAACGAUUCCAGCCUUUCAAGGAACUUCACAAUCGCCGCUUGUUGUGGCACGGGUCUCGCAACACAAACUACGCUGGUAUUUUAUCUCAAGGGCUCAGGAUCGCUCCACCAGAGGCCCCUGUGACAGGUUAUAUGUUUGGAAAAGGCGUUUACUUUGCUGAUAUGGUGUCUAAGUCAGCAAACUACUGCCGAACCACACCCUCUAACAACGUUGGCCUGAUGAUGCUGUGCGAGGUCGCUUUAGGAAAUAUGCACGAAUUGACUGCGGCCAGCUGCAUAUCAAAACCUCCCAAAGGGAAGCACAGCGUUAAAGGGUGCGGUAAGACUGGACCAGACCCCUCUGCGGACGUCACCCUAGAGGAUGGCACGAUUGUUCCAGUUGGUCAGGGAUGUAACACAAAUGCUACCAAUUCCAGCCUCCUCUACAAUGAAUAUAUCGUGUACGAUGUUGGUCAAAUUAAUAUCAAAUAUUUACUCAAGUUAAACUUCAAGUUCAAAUACGGAUGGUGAAUGUGGUGUGUUGGUUUAUCCUGCCCCUACUACUAGAGAAAAGAUUUAGGAAAAAGAAAGAAGAAAGACUUUAAAUCUCUAGACUUGUUCCGGUUUUAAAUGAAUUUGGAGAAAUAAGAGUAGCUUAGUUAUUGUUCAAUUGUAAAACUAAAGGUUGUUAGUUAUUGUUAAGGUAAGUGUUUCUUACCUUUAUCUUCCCGAAGUGAUUAAUAUGUAAGUUCUCCUUCUGAUAUCUAUAGUUAUCAGGUAGAAGUUGUUAUCUAGUUCUAACAUCAAAUUAUCAGAACUAAUUUAUAAGGAAAGGGGUAGCCUCUAGAGGGGAGAAUUAGCAAUCAGAUCUUGGGCGUGAAAAGGUUAGCAAAUCGCCAUCAGUGGUCAUAUGUUGGGUUUCAUGUGAGCGGAAUGAGAUUCUCGUUGUAGUUUAAGUGUUAUGUUCACGCGAGAUGUCUUUGUCUCUGGUAUUUACAUAAAAUCCCCCAAGGAGAGUGACUAAGACAGAGGAAGCUGGCGUCUUCUCAGAAGCAUACAAUUCCUCAAAAUAAAACACGACAAAUACUAUCGUCCAGUUAUCGUUUGCUGUUGUUGUGUGUUUUCUUUUAACACAUCUGUUUUCCUUAUCUCUGGUUAUCUGUGAAGGGCAUCAGAAACUGGAAAACUAGCAAAAAUUUCCUACAAAGUCAAAUCUCUCCAAACCGAAAAACCGCGGAGAAUAAUGAUUCAGAUCGGGGUCAGUGAAAAUUGUGAGUUCGUGGCGCCAGACAGACGAUUGACUUGAACCAAAAAACCGCAAUGACUGAGCCAUGUCUAAAAAGAGAAGACUGAAAAUAGAAGUUGAAACCACAUUUGAAAAAAUGGUUUUGUGGAGAGAGCGAAAACUGAUCCAAAAAAAAAAAAAA